AUGAAGAAGAAAAAAAACCAAGCAAAUGUAACAAACAAAAUGACAAACUCUUCUUUAACUUCUCAAUCUAAAAAUGCCUUAAUUGUCUUGGCCCACCCAGAAAGCCACUCUUUAAAUCAUUCACUAAUGGAAGCUACAGUGAAAGAUUUAAAAUCCAAGGGAUAUCAGGUCAAAGUUAGUGAUUUAUAUGCCAUGAAUUGGGAUGCAUUUGUUAAACGUUCUGAUUUCAAAAAUGUCACCGAAGUUCAAGCCGUUUCCAUGCUUGAAGCUUCAGGUAGAGCAUACACUGAGAAAGCUUUAACUGAAGAUGUGAUGGAAGAACAAGCUAAGAUUGAAUGGGCUGAUUUAAUAAUAUUCCAAUUCCCACUAUGGUGGUACUCUAUGCCUGCUAUUUUGAAAGGAUGGUUUGAUCGUGUCUUUUCUAAUGGGUUUGCUUAUGGAUUUGGGUUUCCACGUGAUGACGAUAUCUUUUCAAAGAAAAAGGCCUUGAUAAUGGUUACCAUUGGUGCGGAAGAAAAAAGAUUCUCAAGAAAAGAUGCUUAUUGUAGCACUGAUGUUUUACUAUGA